AUGUCAGGACGCGGAAAGCAAGGAGGCAAAGCUCGAGCCAAGGCCAAGUCGCGCUCGUCCCGCGCCGGCCUUCAGUUCCCGGUGGGGCGGGUUCACCGCCUGCUGCGCAAAGGCAACUACGCGGAGCGGGUGGGGGCCGGCGCUCCAGUGUACCUGGCGGCAGUCCUCGAAUACUUAACGGCGGAAAUACUGGAGCUGGCGGGCAAUGCGGCCCGUGACAACAAGAAGACUCGCAUUAUCCCUCGCCAUUUGCAACUAGCCGUGAGAAAUGAUGAAGAGCUCAACAAGUUACUCGGAGGUGUCACCAUUGCUCAGGGCGGUGUUUUGCCUAAUAUCCAGGCUGUCUUAUUGCCUAAGAAAACGGAGAGUCACAAGCCUGGCAAGAACAAGUAACUAGAGCUUGAUACCACUCCCUCACCCAAAAGGCUCUUUUAAGAGCCACCAAAGUGUCAAAUGAAGGGCUGAUCACAAGUAGCGCAUUAGCUCUUUUUUUGAAAACUUGGGUGGCUCUAAAAAGAGCCUUUGGUCUUUGGUUUUAGUUUGUCAGGAUUUAUUUGCUUUUGGCUUUGUGGCUUUCAGUUUUCUUUGGUAAUAGAACGGCCUGGAUAUUGGGCAGAACGCCACCCUGGGCGAUGGUGACUUUGCCCAACAGCUUGUUCAGCUCCUCGUCGUUGCGGAUGGCCAGCUGGAGGUGACGGGGGAUGAUGCGUGUUUUCUUGUUGUCACGGGCCGCAUUGCCGGCCAGCUCCAGGAUUUCGGCGGUCAGAUA